GCGAGGCUUUUGUGCGGUCACUGAUUACACCUCCCACAGGAGGUGACUGUGAAAUGACACGCAGGCGGAGGGAAACUCAAACUGGCGGCAAGUUCAGUUUUCAUUCAUUCAGCUGAAUCCGGGCGACGAGCUACUUUGAGUCUCAGAGACGUCACAGAACCAGCAGGAUGUGGAAUGAAAAGAAUGCACCCACCGAUCGCGGUCAGGCCGUGGCCCUCAUUAUCUUUGUGCUCGGGCUGGGAACGCUGCUUCCCUGGAACUUUUUCAUCACGGCCUCUCAGUAUUUCAAUGGACGCCUCACAGAGAACAUCAUCUCAAAUGGCACGUCAGGCACUUCACCCAAAAACUACAACUAUGACAGCUGGAUGGCUUUGCUCUCCCAGCUGCCCCUGCUGCUGUUCACCCUGCUCAACUCCUUCCUGCAUCAGUGGGUGAGGGAGCGCAUCCGCGUGCCCUUCAGCCUCGUCGGCAUCUUCUUCCUCUUCUCUCUCACUGCUGCUCUGGUCCAGGUGCCCAUGGAGCCGGACAACUUCUUUUCCGUUACUAUGGCAACCAUCUGGUUCAUUAACAUGUUCAGUGCAGUGCUGCAGGGCAGUCUGUUUGGGAUGGUCGGCCUGUUUCCUUCUCGCUACAGCACUUUGUUCAUGAGCGGUCAGGGCCUGGCUGGAAUCUUUGCUGCCGUCGCCAUGCUCGUCUCUAUUUUAGGUAAACCAGAUGAAAGCUCAGCUGCGUUGGGAUACUUCAUCACACCAUGUGUGGCCACUCUGGGGACUCUUCUAUGCUACCUGCUGCUGCCACACCUGGAAUUUGCUGAUUUCUAUCUGAACAGACGUCAGUCUGAUAUAGUGGAGAAGGAGCUCCUUGGCAGCACAGAAAAAAAUAAAAAAGACCUCGAGGCCAACGGGAGGAUUGAUAAGCUCGAGGAGAGCGUGGAGCGUUCCUCGGUCCUGGCUGUCUUUAAGAAGAUCUGGCUGAUGGCUCUGUGUGUGACGUGUGUCUUUGCCGUCACCCUGUCAGUGUUUCCUGUCAUCACUGUGCGUGUUAAGACCGUCUACGGGAACUACCCUGACUGGGACAAAGUGUUCACCUGUGUUUGCUGUUUCAUUGUUUUCAACGUCAUGGACUUGGCCGGCCGCACCACCCCAUACCUCAUCCAGUGGCCAUCAAAGAAGAGUCUCUGGCUUCCUGUUGCUGUGUUUUCCCGCCUGGUCUUCAUCCCUCUGCUCAUGUUAUGUAACAUCCAGGACUCCAAAAUCGCCCUCUUCCAUCAUGACUGCGCCUUUGUGGUCAUCAUGGCUCUAUUCUCCUUCUCUAAUGGAUACCUGGCGAGCCUCUGCAUGGCCUAUGCUCCACAGUUGGUGCAGUCUAAGGACUGUGAGACAGCUGGCUCUUUGAUGACCUUCUUCCUGGUUCUGGGUCUGUCUCUGGGAGCAUCGCUCUCAUUCCCACUGGGAAAACUGGUUUAGAUCAAAGGGAUGAGUAGACCUCAGUUUCAUCUGCUCAGAUGUUAUAUAAAGAAUGACCACAGUAAAAGCACUUAGAGCCUGUCCGUUAUCAGACAUGUUUCAUUAUGAAUUUCAGUAUCUGUCCUUUUGUUGACAUUCAGGAUUUCUAAAUGAAUGUUUUACUCUCCGUGCUUCCAGGAAUGUUUGAAGGUGAAGUGUUUCAGGCUCAGGUUGGUGCAGCAGGAUUUUACAUGAUCACUGUACUGUAAAUUAGAUUUGAGGGAAAUUUCAUCGAUGCAGCGAAACUGAAACAUUUUCUCUCCUGCUGUUUUCACCACAGAGAGGUUUCUGGGGGUUUUUUAUGAGUGGGCAUGGCUUUUUACAUCUUUACUUUAUUCUACUGUGUUUAUCUUUCUCUGACGUUUUACUAUAUUUGAGUGUUUUUUAUAUUAAUGUGCUUUAUGUUGCACUACUUGUUCAAAUAUUUUCACGCCAGUUCUUUUUAAAAUAAUUUUAUACUUUUUACACUUUGCUUAAAAGUUAUUUGUGUUUUUGUAAUUUUAUAUGUUGCGUGUUAAUUUUUUUUAAUGUUUUCAAACUUUUUAUGAGACCUUUAAAAAGCUUGUUCAACAUGGCACCUCAUUUUUGCUUUACUGUCACUGUAUCUCUAUUUAUUUAU